AUGUUUUAAUCAAUAAGAAUAAUAAGCUUUGACUCCGAUUAUGAAAUUCUUCAAGAAUUCAGAAGUUCUCCUACUGAAAACAAACCCUACUAUAAGUAUUAGAUUGUUAAAAAAAAAAAUGAUUAAGAAUCAAAAACAAAAUAUAUAGCAGCUUAUUAUUCUGUAGGAAGAGAAUAAAAAGACACAGUUAAAUUAUUUUAUUUGGUUAAAAAAAUAAAAAUACUUAAUCUUAUAAAUAAAGAAAGCUUUUAUCAUGAAGAUGAUGGAUUUAUAAUAGUUUAUCCAUAUUUAUAAAAUUAUUAACUAAGUUUAUAAUAAAUGCAAAAAUUGGAUAAACCUACUAAGAUUUAAAUAAUUGUUUAAUUAAGCAUAAGUAAUAUUGGUAUUAAAUAUAGCCCUCUUGGAAAUGACAAAAAGAAAAAUUUCUUUCAAUAUCACAAAUCUCAAUUAACUAAUACUAAUUGAUAGUUUAAUUUUUAUCAAUAUGCAAGAGUUUCAUUAUUUUUAACAAUCAACUGAUACUUAAUCUCUAAAUCACUUAAAAUAAUUUAGUAAUAAUAUACAUCAUAUUAAGUUAAUCAAAAUUUUAUACUGGCUGAAAUUUAAGAAAUCGAACUUUUUAAUUUUGAUGCUAAAACUAUGGAAUCAUUUACAGAAUCUAUUUUAUAAGCAUUUAAUUUACAAACUAAAGAGCAUGUAGAAGCAUAAUUUUUUAGAGUUUUUUGUAAGAUUUUAAAUAUAACAAAAUACUAAUAAUUAGCUGCAUUCUAGGCCAAUUCUCAUAUUUAUAAAAUUUAAAAAUUGCCUGUGUUUGAAAAGAUUUUCAGUUUUCCUUUGACAGAAGAAAUCAUAGCUAAAUCAACAAAAAUAUAAGGAGAUGAUGAUUAAUUGAUUGAAGAUGUUAAGCUCAAUAUUACAAGAGAAAUUGAAUUAAUGGAAUUAUUUGAAGUUAACCAUGAAAUUGCAGCUUGUUUUAAAUAUAUAAGGAUAUUAGAGCAAUCUUAUUUAUUUAUGAGAUAUUAUUGUAAAAAUUUGAGAGAGUACUUUGAUUUAAUGGAUUUAAAUCCAACAGUUUAUUUUACAAAAUUAAUUGUCUAUACAAUUGCUUAUUAAUUUAUCAAAGGAUUAGCUUUGUUACAUCGAGCAGGAAUCAAACAUAGGGAUUUAAAACCAGAAAAUUUAUUUUUGACUAAUGAAAAUAUUGUUUCAGGUUAAAUUCAUAUAGCUGAUUUUGAUAGAUCAAAAAUUCAUUCUCUUGAUAUUGAUAUUGAUCCUCUUGAUUAAACUAAUACACCAGAAUACAAUCCUCCAGAAUAAUAAAUACGAAGAGAUCCUACAUAAAACUAUAAUGAAUAUUCUGUUGAUAUGUGGCAGUAUGGACUAACAAUAUUUGAAGCUGCAAAUAAGGGUCAAUAUCCUGGAAAGAAAUAUUGUGAUAAUUUUGAUAAAUAUUAUUCUCCAUAAGUAAUCGAGGCCAAACUAGCAUAAUAUAAGUAUGAUAAGGAAUUUGUUGAUGCAAUCAAAUUAUGUUUAAAAGAAGAUCCAUAACAAAGGCCAGAAGCUAGAGUUAUUGAAAACAUUAUGUAAAGUAUAUACGAAAAAGAAUUAUCAAAACAGGCUAAAGGACCUAAACUUUAAUCAAGCUAAAGCUUUAAAUGGUAAAAGAGUCAAUAAGUUGAGUAAUAAAUAGAAUCAAUAGAUGAUAAUUGA